AUGAGGUCAUUAAUAUUAUUAGGACUAUUGUUAUUUUACGUCGCUUACAUUGAUGCGAGGCGCUUAAAGUCAUUAAAAAAAGAUGUGAUUUACGACAAAGAUAAAGAUCAGAUCGAUGCUGCUUCUGAACAUAAAAAAGCAGAGAAACCCCAGGAUCAUGAGUUCAAAAAAGGUGGCGGAAAGGAUCACCACGCUGAACAUCACGAUGAUCAUGGUGAAAAGGGUCAUAAAGGUUAUAAGGGACAUCAUCACCAUGAAGAGGGUAAAAAAGGACAUCAUGACAAAGAAGAACAUAAGGGAGAAUAUGAUGAUCAUGGAAAACAUGAAAAAAAACAUCACCAUGAAGAUGGACAUUAUGAUGAACACCAUAAGGGCGAAAAGGGGGAAAAAGGACAUAAAUAUGCAGAAAAAGGACAUUACAAUAAAGGACAUUCAACAAAAGGCCACCAUGAAAUCCAUAAACUAGAUGAAUUCAAAAAAGACAAGCACUUCUUUGAUGAAGAUGGAGAUUCUGGACACGAGGAAAAACACGGAGGCUUCCACGAGGAACAUGGUCACAAAAAGGGUGGAAAAUACCAUAAGGGCCAUCAUCACGGCGACCACCACGAGCAUGAACAUGGGGAAAAGGGCCAUCACGAAAAGGGCGGGAGUCACCAUGUGCAUAAAGGCCAUAAGGAAUCCGCAGGACACGAUGAACAUCAUCAUCACCAUGGUGAUCACGCUAAGAAAGGAGGCAAUGAACAUCAUAAGAAGUGGGGAUAUAAGAAAGGUCACUAG